UUAUUGGGAUGCUCUUUACCUUUUAUUAAAGUCUGUGACAUAUUAAAAAGAUAACAAACACAGGAAUUUAUCCUAUAAAUGAAUCACGGAUUGAAAAUUGAGGUGUUUUAAAAUUCAGCAGUUCAAAGAUGAGAAGAAAACACUUUCGACAGCAGGAUCGCAUUCGCCGUGUCUGGUUUAUUUUCUGUACGGAAUGCCUGAGCUUGUGAGAUAAGCAUUCUCUCUGUGAUUACAAUGCGUACGUAAAAUUAAAGCCGGGAUUCUUACUGGAGAUUUAUUUUGAAUAUUUCAAAAUGGAUUAGGAGCAGGUAUCAACACUAAAACCUGUAACAUAUCAGUCAUAUGUGACACACGUGCAUAAUUUUGUGAAAAUUUGUGAAUGUAAUGGAACCCAUCGGCAUUGUACAUGGAACUCCUAGAUUAUGAUAUGAGGAUGUUUUUCUCUGUGGAAUGAAAUGUUGUGCAGAAGUAUGGGGCCUGGUGUUGAACGACCAGUACAGUGGAUUAGAUUCCUCCUCCUUCUCCUUGUAUCAGCCCUUCUUGUUGAGGCCUGCCCCCCUUUGUGUACGUGUACUACAAGGAAACCUCGGGAUGGGUCCAAAGGGAGCAAACUCAGCUCCAUGGACUCUGAAGGGCAAACAAAGAGUGGGAGCCCUCAGAUUGGAACUAGGGGAAGGAAGGUGGUGUGUGCUGGUAGUCUGUCAGUCAUUACUUCUGUAGCAAUGAUCAGCAGUUUGCCACUAGACACUGUCAUUCUGGACCUUAGCAAGAAUGCCAUCACGGUACUAGAGGAAGGUGGAUUUAACAGAGUCUCAUCUCUACAGAAACUGGACCUCAGUCACAACAAGAUAACAAUGAUUAAAAAAGGUGCUUUCCUGGGCUUGAAAGAACUUGUAAGACUGGAUCUUUCACACAAUAAGAUUGGAAGCAUCUCCAGUGCCAUGUUUGAAGGUCUGAUCAACCUAGAAAAACUGAAUUUCUCCAAUAAUCGGCUUAACACCAUUCCAGAUGGAACAUUCAACAAUCUACAUGCUCUCAAGAAAAUUGAUUUCCAGUCUGACUUUCUGAGAUGUGAUUGCCAUCUUCAGUGGAUCGUCAAAUGGUCCCGCGACAAAAACGUCAAAAUACAACAAUCAACCACCUGUGGUGUGCCUAAAGACCUGAAAGGGGUCUCCCUCAGAAGCCUAAAGAAAAAGGAUCUUCACUGUGAUCGUCCCUUAGAGCUACCAGAGUUUGAGAUCCUCCCUAACAAGAGCCAAGUGGUGUUCGAGGGGGACAAAAUCCCCUUGAUCUGCCGUGCUUCCAUCAUCAAUAGGAAAACGCGUAUGGUAUGGAUGCGCCGUGGAGAGGUAGUAUCCACCAACCGCAGCAUAGGGAUCUUUGUCAUUACAGAGAAAACUCCAGAUCAGACAACUAUGAUCCACACACUGAUGCUCCAACACUUGACAGAAGGGGAUUCUGGGGUGUGGCAAUGUAUGGUGACUACCCCUCAGGGAAAUGUCUCCACCAAUAUCAACAUCCUGGUGAUUUCCAACAAUGCAGCUACAUGUCACUCCAAAACCUCCAAAACAAAGAAGGGUGUGUACAAAUGGCCACGAACUGUGGCAGGGGUUAUCAGUGAUCAGCCAUGUAAGAGGGGGAGGGGGAGGGCCACCCACCGAUGUAGUGAGAGCAGUCAAUGGGAGAAGCUGAAUGUAAACCAGUGUGAAUACCUGGAAGACUUGACCAGAAAACUUGAGGCUUAUGCCCAUUUGAAAAAUAAGCCCAUGAACCAGUCCCAGUUUACAAGGAUAGCAGAUGAUUUGAUGAGAAUCAUUUCUGUGUCAGAGAAUUUGAAAGAUUUGACCCAUUUGAUUCUGUCAGCUCAAAUUGUGGAAAAUCUGGCCAAAAACUUUCCAGAAAAGAAUCAGGUGGCGGUCAUGCUGAAGUUAGUUAGUACUCUGAUGAAGGAAGGAAGCACUAAAUUACAAAAGGCUCAACUCCAAGACAGAACCUGUUCCAGGUUAAUUGAUGCGAUAGAAGAAAUUCCCAAACAUGUCAAUGUGUCAGAUUAUACAGAGAAUAUUGUCAUGGAAACAAUGAAUCAGGGCAUUGAAGAGUUCCAGGGUGUGACCUGCAUGGCUUAUUCCCAGAUUUUUAGCUGUCAACACAGAUACAUCAAUCAAACUAUUGCAGAAGAGAACUUGCUAGGAACAGUUCACCUACCUUCAACUCUCUAUAACACAUCAGAAGGCUCCGUCCAGAACAGUACCAAUACUGCCAGACUGCAGUUCAUCCUAUACAGAAAUGCCCAGCUGUUUCCCUCCUUGACCCUCAUACAUGACGACCCUCAGAUUGGAACCAAAACAGUCUCAGUGGUGUCUGCCAUCUUGUCCGUAAAUUCAUCUCCUGUAGUAGUCAACUUGUCAAAUCCAAUAACCUUGACCUUCAAGGUGAAGGCUACCUCUGAAAAUCUUCUGGCAGUAUACUGGGAUUCAGAAGCUAAUGGUGGAUUGGGAGACUGGAAAACUGAUGGCUGUUCUAUCAAAGGAAUUGUCCAAAACUACACCACAGUCCAAUGUCAGCAUCUCUCCAUAUUUGCUGUGAUUGAGACAUCUCCUGGUACUGAGGCCUUUUCACUGAAGAUGUUCCAGUUGAUGCAUGUAGCAGUAUAUGUGGGAAGCUGUGUUUGUCUCCUGUGUUUAAUGGCUGUCAUUAUAACUUAUGUGUCCUGUUUCAGAUUCAUUAAUGUGCCCAACAAGAUGAAGCACUCUGUGAUUAACAUCAGUGUGUGUGUCCUACUGCUCAUCAUUGGCUUCACCAUGGGAGUCAAACGCACAGAUCACCUGCUAGCAUGUCAGAUCAUUGGAAUUUCCAUGCAUUAUUUAACUUUAUGUGCCAUCUUCUGGAUAACAAUCACUUCCUUCAAUAUGAUGAAGAAAUUUUCCAAGGCUAGUAAGCCGCCAGCUCCACCCCCAGAUAUGCCAGGUAUGCCUUUACCCCCCAAGCCAAUGAUUCGCUUUUACCUGCUGGGAUGGGGUGUGCCUACCAUCAUUUGUGGCAUCACAGCUGCUGUCAGUCUCGAUCACUACUCAGAGCCAGCAUAUUGCUUUUUGGCCUGGGAUCCUAGCCUUGGAGCAUUUUAUGGCCCGGUGGCUUUACUCGUGAUCUUUAAUCUGGUGUUCUUCCUGCGGAUUUCAUGUAUAAUUCAAGGAAGCACAAACAAUCUUAAUGAAUCUAAUCGCACAGAGGAUAUCAACGACAUCGAGCUUACUCAAAAUGGGGACAACAACAACACUGAAAUUGAGGCUCUCACUCAGACUAAUAAUAACCCCAGUAACAUUGAUCCAUCAAUAGGCGACGACUCGGAGAUCAAAUCUCUAGUGUCAAGUGUGGCUGACCAGGAAAAGAGACCUCAGUCACAGUUAUAUGCAAUCAUAGCUAUUCUAAUUUUAUUUAUCUUAUUCUGGGUCUGUGGAGCAGUGGCUGUGGCAGAACCUUUUAAAUUCAUUAUUCCUAUGCAGGAGUUAAUUUUCAGUUAUCUCUAUGGAAUUACCUGUGCCAUAUUUGGAAUAUUUAUGUUGUGCUAUUUUUGUUUGUCAAGAAAGGAUUCAUGUUCUAGUUGGAAACGAUUUUUUCUGUGUGAAAAACACCCUUUAUAUGAUUUAAACUACCAGGCAGCCAAUCACGGUGCAUUGAGUAAUGGUCAUGUGAUGCAGGAAAAUGGUGACUUAGAUCCAGAUGUGAAAUCUUACAAUAUAACACAUGAGAUGCCUACUGACAGUGUUAAACAAUCCAAUAUCAAUCUAGUCCCUGCCAAUUCUAGUUCUUUUAUUGAAGAUUCAGUAAAUAAUGGUGCUCAUGAGAGUAAUAUUAAAGUAUUCUAUAACCCAAGACAAAAUGGUGUUGCGAAAAAGUUUUGGGAAAAACAGAGACACAAUUCCCGUUACAUCAGCAGGGAUGCAACUAAAGAAUUCAAUGGAAGUAUUACAUCUUUUUCGGGAUCAGAAGCCAAUAAUCGUCAGCAGACAAGUGGUAAUCUAAGUGAUGGAAAAUCUCACCUUAGUAUUGAAAUUCAGAUUCAAUCUAAAGGAGUAUUGAACCAUUCUCAGAAUGGAAAAUCACCUCUUCCUCCACAAUUUAGCAAUGCUAUGGUGGUCCCUCACAGUGGAGUGCCUGGUCACCACACCCCCGUGUUUUCUAUGGUUCCACUGAAUAAGAACAAUAUAACCACAGUGGCAGGAUCAGGGUCUGUCAAUGCUACAAGCCCGUGCUGUAGCACUGUGUCCUUUUGCGAAUCACAGGCUGUGUCCCAACAUACAAGAUCACCUAGUUCAUGUUCUCUAGGGUCAAGGUCACAUCCAAGUGCCUUCACUCCUGUGACUCCAAGGAAUAACACUUUGCCUAAACCUCAUAAGACCUCGGAUGGGAACAUCCCACAGUUACCCCCGUCUUACAAUGAUUUGAUAAAAAAUGGUUCCCUUUCAAGAAUACGUGAUUUUGAUGGACGGAGUCAAGUGGGUGACUCUCGUUGUCAGAGUCCAAGGAAUCAAGGUUUACACAGUGAACCUCAUUUAAUAUAUCCCCCUUCUGGGCCCCUUAGUUCUCAGGAAGGCUGUACAUAUACACAGUAUGGAUCAGUGGAUGAUCAUAUUACAUGUGAACCGCAGCGUUCUCAAAGAGCACGUUCACAUUCAGGUGGAUAUAGUUCUGAUGCUGGUGCAAAAAAUCUCCGAAAAAAAGAAAGUUUUAUUCAUGACGUGCAGCAGAGGGUUCCAAAUAUGGAACCUCUCAUGAUCAUUCAGUGUCGGUCACCCACAAAUCAGCUGAAUCAAUCACAAAACAGUAACUUUAGAUCUCCUAUGCAUCAGCCAAACCAAAUGAAAAACAGCAAUUGUCGAUCACCCAUUUGUCAGCUGAACCAAUCACAAAACAGUUCUUACGUGAGUCCAAGUAUGAAUGUUGGAAAACAGAGUAAGCUUUGUACCCAUGACAGUGAUAGUGGUAUUAAUUACAAAAAAACUCAAGACUCGGAUCAUAACUCUGAGCCAAGCACCUCUCGUCAUCAUCGAAGGCCGCACGACUACCGGGGUAACUCGCGUCAAGCACGGGGAAAUGCAAGGACAAAAUUUGAGUGGGACAAAAAUAUUAGCAAAGCCAAGUCUGUUCCUUACGCAUAUGUAAAUCAUAAGUAUGCCGAAAGGGUCAGAAAGAAAAUGAACAUCCAAACACCAAUGGAGGCCAAAAAUGACUGGGGUUCCCCGAGUUUGGAAGAGGAUAGUACGUCCUCCUCAGGAAAUGAGGCCUGCUUUGAUCACAAUGUGUGGGUGCUACAAAACCAAAGGAAGCUGAAACGCAAGAAAGAAACAAGUGUAUAACUGUGUAUAUUUAUCAGCAACUUAUUGUGACAAUUUAUUUAACUUACUUAUCAGUGCAAUUCCAGUAUUGUCUUUUUUUUUUUACCUUGAUGUAGCCGUCAUGAUUGCAGUCACAAGAUCAAUAUAUGGAGUCUUUUUUUGUUUUAAUUGUGAAAAACAAGGCCAAAGUUUUAUCCACUUUUGAUGCAAAUAUGUCGUAUUGAAUAUCUUUUGAAAUUUUAAAUUAUGUAUUUUUAUUCAACAAGUUACAUGAUUAACUUUUAUUUAUACUUUUGGUAAUAUAUUUAUUUUUAUGAAUAUUGAGAUUUUUUUCAGUAACUAUUAUAUUGUGAGUGUACACCUAUAGACUGUUUUAUAUUUUCUAUUAUAUUUAUGAAGUUGAAAUGUCUACUCAAUUGAAAGGUUGAUGAAGAUUUUAGAAUAUUUGCAAGCUAAUAUCCAUUAUUCUAAAAACAGGGAGGAAUUUUUUUUCAACAUAUACAGAGGAAAUAUCCUCUGAGAUCAUAAACAAGUGAAUUAAAUCUGAACUAAUAUUAGAUCUUGAAUAUGCGCAAGUCAUUUUGAAUGACAGGAUAUGAAUUAAUGAACAAUAGAUCAAUGACUUAAUUGUGUAUUUUAAACAUAAUUUGGUUUAUAGAAGAAUCAUCCUUAUGAGCUUGGAGAUUUUUUCUUACAAUAUAAAUAUCAUUUUCUGUCCUGUUUUCUUGGCAUUAUCUAUAUUACAUGUAGCUAAACCUGGGUGCUAGCUGACAUCUGUGUAUUUACAUAGAGUACACAUUAUUAUGUGUUAUUUAUUUGCCAUUUUAUAUACAUGUUAAAUGUUAGUAUAUGGUCUUCAGGCUGAAUUGUGUAGUUUUGUAUAUGUUCCUCCUUAAAUGUGAUUGUAAAUACAUUUGUAUUUUAAAGAAAUAAAAGCCCUAACUGUAAAAUAAA